UGCGAUGGCGGCGCCGGGCUGUGCGGAGCUGCGGGCGGGCGGGCCGGGCGGUGUCCCGGGGGCUGUCCCGCCGCACUCCAGUUGUGUCCCGGGUCCAGGGGGUGUCCCGGGGGCUGUUCCACCGCACCCCAGCGGUGUUCCGUGUUCGGGAGCUGUCCCGCCGCACCCCGGCGUGUCGCGGCGGCGGGGGCGGACGCUGCUGGUGCGGCACCUGCCCGCCGAGCUGACGGCGGCGGAGAAGGAGGAUCUGCUGCAGCACUUUGGGGCGGUGUCUGUGCGCGUCCUGUCGGACCACGGCCGGCUGAAACAUACUGCUUUUGCCACCUUUCCCAGUGAAAAUGCAGCUGCAAAGGCUUUAUCAAGGCUGCAUCAGCUGAAACUUUUAGGUCACACCUUGGUUGUUGAAUUUGCGAAGGAGCAAGAGAGUGUACAGGCCCUUAGCCAGCCUUCUGUCUCAGAGAAGUGUAAAAGUUCAGAAGAACCAGUGAAAGAAGAAGAGAAGGUAGAACCAAGCUGUGUUAAAAUAGAGAAUGGAAUUGCACCCAACCACGGCCUCACCUUUCCCAUCAAUUCCUGCCUCAAAUAUUUGUACCCACCACCUUCAAGUGCAAUUCUAGCAAAUAUAGCAAAUGCCUUGGCAAGCGUGCCGAAAUUUUAUGUCCAGGUACUUCAUCUAAUGAAUAAAAUGAAUCUUCCUCCACCCUUUGGACCGAUUACUGCUCGCCCUCCCAUGUAUGAAGAGUAUUUACCAGUGCCUGUGCCACCUCCCCCAAUCCCACCUCUGCCUCCUGAAGAGCCUCCUUUGCCUGAAGAGGACGAAGAGCAACUACCUAGUGGGGAUGAAUCGGAAUAUGAAAGUGAUAAUGAUGAGGAAAAGGAGAGAAUGACCAAGUUGAUGGAAUUAGCAACCCUUCAGCCUAAAAGACCGAUAAACACAAAGAAACGAGGUGUUAGAAAAAAGCAAAGAAUUAAAGACUUACUGAAUGUUCCUGUGUGUACUCCCCACAGUAAUUUGCACCCUACACUGUCACCUUCAGAUGUCUUUGAGCAGCCACAUCAUGUAGGUCAUAAAAAAAUAGAGUUUCAUAUUAGUACUGACAUCCCAGCUGUUCUUCAGAUAAACUCAGAAAAAGAAGAAAAAAAUGAUCUUUCUGCAACCACAGAAGAAAUCAAUAAUACAGGCUUUGGAAGGAUUUUCCCAGCUCCUAGCUCAAAUGAUAAAAUGGAAACUGAAGAGGAGGAUGAUGAAAUACCAUCAGAAUUUAUUUCUAGAAAGGAUCUAGAAAAAAACAGACUUUCUAGAGAAGAAAUGGAAAAAUUUUCUGUUUUCAAAAACUAUGAACCAGGUGAUCCAAAUUGCAGGAUAUAUGUGAAGAAUUUAGCUAAACAAGUCCAAGAAAAGGAUCUCAAGUUCAUUUUUGGAAGAUAUGUUGACUUCCAGUCAGAAGUGGAACGAAAUAUGUUUGAUAUACGUUUGAUGAAAGAAGGCCGUAUGAAGGGACAGGCUUUCAUUGGACUUCCUAAUGAAAAAGCAGCUGCUAAAGCAUUAAAAGAAGCAAAUGGAUAUGUCUUAUUUGAAAAACCCAUGGUGGUUCAAUUUGCUCGUUCAGCUAGACCAAAACAGGAUGCCAAUGAAGGGAAAAGGAAAAAGUAGAACACUGCACAAGGUAUGGACUCUCUGCCUGAAAAUAAAAAUAAAUAAUUAGGCUUGGAUUUUUUUUGUUAGCGUGUGCGUUUGUUUGUUUUUAUGUAAUAUCUCUUUAAUGGCUUAUUUAGGAAUACUGGGAAACAUUCCAUACAAUUUUCUUUUCUUAAAUAUGUGCUUAUAUGAGGAAAACAGAAUGCAAGGUAUAUAGUAAGUUUAAAACGUUGCUUCUUCCUCUGUUUAACAAUUCGGAGACUGACAUUUCACUGCUCCUGAUCUCAUAGGGUACCUGUCAGUUUCUCUAAUCCUUAAUCUGGGGAGCUAAGGAGAAUAAUUAUGUGGAAUUGGACCACUUACCUUUUAGUAAUCUUCCAGGGUUUUGGUAUUGAAAAGAGUUGCCUCUUUACAUUGGUAGGGAUGGAAGGGAAGGAGUAAAGUGAUGCUGAAGAACUGGUUCCAGCAAUGAACUUCUGCUAGCUGUAAAGGACCUUUGGCUUUGCUAACUUUGGAAGAUGAGAUCUUAGUGCUGUUGCAGCAUCCUUUAAACUUAUCUGAAUUAGUGAAGGAUUUUCUGUCAGAACAUGCUGCUUAAUGCUGCAUUAAUCAAGACUUCCUUUGUGGAAUGCGUAGGUCCUGAUUUUUGGCAUUAUUAUCCCAUCAUAACAUGUUGGGAAAGUAACUUAUAGCAGAAAGUAAUUGCUAUUAUUUCUUAUGAUGUAGCUUUACUUCACUACUGCUUACUCUAUUUCCUUUUAACUCAAGCGAAAUGAGCUCUAAUUUAACUGUGAUGGGUUUCAUGGCCUGAAAACAUUUGCAUAGUGAACUCUCAAAUUCUUAUGUGAAGUAACUGAUGCAAGAAUAAGAAGCACUCAGUUCUCAAGCUGCACCCUCUGAUAGAUCAACGAGUUCAAAUUUAAAGGGCAUUGAACUUAAUCACUGGUUACAGUUAGGGAUUGCUCUGGGUAUGCCACCACUUAAGACAAAAUGAACUCAAAUCUUAGGCUGAGUGCUUAUGAAGUAUUCUACUUAAUCCAUGAUGUGUUUUUAAUCUGGAGGUUUGAUCCUUGUUACUUUGAAGAAAACGUGAAGUUUGAAAUAAAGGAUGUGAACAGUUGGUUUUGAUUUUUACAAAUUGGUUGGAGACCCCACAGAAUGGUUAUUGUGAGGGUAGUAUUUCUAUUUACAACAGUUAUGUUAAUUGUAUGUUCCUUGUUGUAUCCAUUGUCCUAAGGAUUUCUUAAUCAGAUUAUGUUUGAACUUGUUUCCCUCAUAUCUGAGAUACUACUUGGUCUUAGAAGUUCCUAUUUCGUACAACUGAUUGUGGUUUGCAAAAUCUAUAUUUUGUAAAAUUAAAAGUAAUUUUUUUUACAGGCAUUCUUCUGUAUUGGUCAUUGAAAAGAGAGAAGCGAGCCGUGGCUAAAGUAUCUUAUUAGGAACAAGUGUUGAUGAGACAGUUUCAGUCUUGUUUCCUACUCCUGCUUUGUUAGCAAAAACUUGUAUUUAUAUUUUAUCUAGCAUCUAAUAAGAAGAUUACUAAGUGUCUUGAUAUUCAAAAAAGAAACUUGAAACAUUUUAGCUAUUGGAAAGCCUGAUAGAUGAAGACUGAGCAUUUUUGCAUGACUAUGUUUUCCUUUUCCUACUGGAACAUUUGGGUGGAUGCUGAUUUAUGAUGCAAAAUUCCAUUAUAGAAAUCUGAGUCUGGUUUUGUGUUUCAUGGAUUUUUUUGUUUGUUUGUUUGGGGUUUUUAAAAUUUCCUCUAUAGAGAUUUUAUCCUUUGUGGAGAAGAUAAUACCUAUGGUUUAUAAAAAUACUAUGUAAGUCCUCGCUGGCUGAAAUAUCUUUCUUGAUUGACUGGCAAAAAGUUCAGUUAGUAUUUGGGGUGACUAUUUUUCCUGUAGCUAAAAUACAACUUUUUGGGAGAAAGGUUAUGUAGAAGAAACUGAUGCUGAGACUUCUCCAGCUUCUUCUUAGGAAGAAGUGACUUGAAAGCCAGCAUUAAAUGGAAAUGUGAUUGGGUUUUGGACCUGAUGGGGAAAAAAAAAAGUGAGUCUGUGAGAUGGCAAAGACUUGAAGGAGAAUUAUGAAACAGAAAAAUCUGGUGGUAUCCUAGUAGUUCCAGUUACAAAAAAAUGUAUUUACUUUUGAAUAUGGAGUUUAGUGUUGGUGGAUCCAUCAGCCCUCAUUAAGUCUCAUAAGGUGUCAGAACUGUAUUUUAUCAAACAAGCAUAUUUGCUUUUGAUAGGUAGCAUAAAGUUAUGUGUCUGCAAUACUGAGAAUCAAGUAAAAUUAAACCACAUUCUGCUGUUCUUCUUUAGAAACAUUCCUGCGUAAAUACUGCAGUAAUACUGUCAUGCAGAGUGUAUCCUUUCUUGUUGUAUCCUUUUUUUGUGCAAUGUUUCCCGUAGCACUCAACUACAUCUAAGUUUUCAUAUAGAGUAGGUGUGGGGAGGAGUUUACAUGUUUAAAGCUUGAGCUAAUCUGGUAAUUUUGAAAAGCAAAAGAUGCUUUUUCAGGGGGAAAAAAGAAAUCAAUGAGUUUUCUGUGUGGUGUGAAUAGACACAUUAAAGGUUCUUAGUCUUAAAAGGUGGCCUCCACCUUUUUCCUCAAAGGUCAUAUACCUUACUAAUUUGUGGUCCCAUUCCUUAGUGAAACAGUUCUAGCUCAAACAAGCUGAUGUAUGUGGAGCUGUGCUGAGCUCACACUGAGGGUGUCACUUUGUUUUUCUUUAAAUAAAUAUUAUUAUAUUAAUAUGUUGGCUAAAAUAUGUUGCAGAGCAAUUCCUAAUAUUAAGGGGUUGACAGGUAUUUAGAUCAUUUGAUGAUUACUGUUGUCCUGGUAUAUGAGAAACAAUCUGUAGUUGAUUCAGUUUAUACAUUCCUUACUAUGUCUUUUUUGAGUAAAGAAAAAAUUAAUAAUAACUUGCAAUGAAGUAUUUGAACUAAUACUCAACUAUUAAUCACUGCUACCUUUUUGUUGGUGUCUUUUUUUUUUUAGAUUGUUCUCUGCACUGAGGUAGUGUUGUUGCCAGUGACUUAAUUUUCUUGUGGGUUUCAUACUACAUUACUAUUUAACUUUCUGUAAUUUAAAAUUAAUACAGCCUGCAUCUAUUAAGUCAUAUUUUUUUCAGACAUUAAGCACUUCUUAAAAUACUUUAACAUCUUUCAGUUUAGUUGUCAAAACAAAGUAUAACAGUGCUGUUUUCUGGUUGUUCUUACUUUUAACAUGCCUUUGUGAUGUUCCAGGUCCCUUUUGUGUUCCAUCUCUUUCAAGUAUUAUCAAGCUGGGGGAAGAAGCAGUGUAAUCGUCAGGACUCUUGAACUGUGCGUAGUAGCGUUUCUAAAGUAUUUAAGGCAGACUAUAAAUUGGCAGACUAUACAUUUUCUCGUCUUAAAGAUUCCACCUCUUUAAAGUGUCACAAGACUUAUAUGAUAAAUGUAUGUUAGUUUGCUUUUGAAAUCUAAUAAAUUAUUUCCUUUCUCUUUG